AUGAGUCAGUUCGGACCCCGUCCCGGCCCGGGCGGCAAGCGACGGGGAUUCUCCAAGGAGACGGAGGCCUUCCUCAGGGAGACGUUGGAGGCGAGCGGCGCGUCCAGGCGAACCGUGGCGGGCCUCCUCGCCACCGGUUCGGUGGCAGCCGCGCCUCCAAAGGCGCCUGGAUUUCAUCGCAGGAACCCGGGAGGCGUCGUCGUCCCAGUCGUGGGCAGACGUCGACCAGAUCACGCGCCGCCGGAUCGGUUCGCGUCCGGGAUACGCACCAAGGAGGCGAUCGCGGCGGCGAACCCGCGCGCGCCGGAGCCGUGGACGGGCCGAGGCGUCCCGCGGGGGCGCGAUAACGACGCGGAAAAGGCGCGGCUGCAGCGGCGGAUGGAGCUUCACGGGAAGGAGACGUUGCCGCCGCCGCGAAGGCUCUCGGAGAUGGCCCGCGAUGGGCGAACGCUCGAGCCGACACCGCCGAGGCGGAAGACGCGAGUGCAGGAGAUGGAGGAGAUGUUCUCCGCGAUCGUGGGCGAGAUUGAGGAGCGGGAGGAGUUCUUGGCGGAGAUGCGGGAGCUGGGCAGGGCGGAGCGAUACGAGCGAGAGAUUGCGGCGGAGGUGGCGGCGAGGGUGAAUCAGCUCAAGGGGCUGGACGAGGCGCUGAGGUCGGCGUCCGGUCUGUCGUGA